UAUAAAAAUCACCAAAAGAUGAAAUCUUCGCCAUACUGGCAGCAACAGUAUGGCAGUGUACUUAUGUAUGUCGAGAUGGAAAAGGGGAAGAAAGGUGAUCUAGGUAACUGAACAUAGGCCAAUCCAUCUGGCACCAACAACAAAGCUGAGUUUCAGAAACUGCUGAUCCCCUUGGAGUUUCCUGCACAGCCAUCUGAAAAUAACUGAAAAUAUUCCGAGUUCAGAGAAAUGCAUAAACUGAAAGGAAGGCAACAGUAAUUCAAAUAAUUACUUGUUACAACCAAGGUAUGCAGAAGAGCAUCUCUGAACUCAAAACACAUUGAACCUUGAAGAAGAUGGGCUACACCAGCAGGCGACUACAUCAGGUGACAGGAAACUGAGGCUCACCAAAAUAAAACAAUAUAAGAUGGGAAUAAUACUGGUAUGGCAUGCUGAGACUCCAUUUGUUCUGUGACAGGGGAUAUUCUAUUACCACUUUGGGACGAACUAAGCAUUUAAACACCCACAGCCUGCCUCUGGCCAUGUCCAUGCCUGUGUGACAGAAGUUUACCCAUCUUCUAAUGGAUGGUUAACCACAAAGCUCAAAACAUCCAAGACAGCAGGGUAAGGAAUACGCCAACUCAAUGGAUGUCAUAGAGGAAAACAUGUCACCAAAGGAGAUGCUUGAGAAAAUAGCAGAGCUGGAAUACAGUCAGAGUCUGCUGAGAGAUCAAAAUGCUGACAUGAGGAAAUUGCUCGAUGGUGCAGAUGAUGACAUGGCAGCACUGGGUUCGGAGAAUAAGUCCCUCAGAAAACAAGUUGAAACCAAUGUGGUCAGAAGCUUAAAACUGUCGCUGUGUGUCUCCAGCAUGGAGAAAGUUUUCCAAGACUUGCAACAGACUGAAGCGGAGCCUUGCAUAGCUCUGGAAGAUGACUUCGAGGCACAUAGACGGAAUGAAGAAAAGAUCCGUGAAUUGGAGAAGGAAUCCACUGUGAUGAAGAAAAAAUAUGAGAAAGUAACUGCAGAGCUCAAAAGCCUCCAGCAAGAAAUAGAGCAGGACAAGCUCUCACUGAGCAACCUCAAGUCUGAAAUUCAGGACUUGAAGUUUAAAAGGGAAGAGGACCAGUCAAACCUGGAGCACAAGGAUGAGGCUAUUCAUCUGGCAAGUAUAUACUUGCAGUUGAAUCAAUUAAGUGAAACUGUGGAAGAGUGCUUCAACAAUAUAAAGGACCUCAGGCAGACAACGCAGGAGCAGAGUAAGCAGUUGGAGGACAGACAAGAUGAGGCCACAUUUGACCUGAUGAGAGAGAAGGAACGAAUGCUCAACCGCCCUCUGUCCUUUGCAGAGGAAAUUAAACUGCUGGCCACAACAGCUGAAAUGAAUACGGGCAUGACAGACUCCACAAAUCAUGGAAAUGUAGAUGAGGAAGCUAAGACUGAGGAGCUGCUGAAACCUCAUCUUCCCACAGUUAAGCUUCAGUCUAAAAGAUGCCCAGGUACCUUGGAGAAAGCCAUCUGGAGAGUGGGUUUCUUUAUGCUGUGCAUCUUCAUUCUCAUGAUUAUAGCCUUUGUGGCUUCAGGAUGCUUUGCAGGAACAUCUGACUUCUCUUCCAUCACCACUUUGUGGACUAGCGCCCACCUGAUGUUACAGCCCUAUUGGAGUGUACAAUAUGGGGCCUUGCCUCCCAUUUGAGCUUAACUCUCCCUCUGGUCUACUCUUGUAUUUUAGUAUUUCUUUUGUAAACAUGAGUUCAGAAAACAAACAAAUAAAACUUCUCAUGAUGCA